CGCCGUCAAAAAGUGAAACGUCAGCUGUCAUGUCCUCCUCAGCCGGGCCGUAAAUUCCCAACUUUCCACAUGUAACUUUGUUUUUCGGCCGUAGAAUUAGUUAAAUCCUUGACAAUGGAUGUGACACCCAUGUUCAAGGCGUGUGUGAUGACGGUGAAGCUGCGGAACAAGAACUUGCCGGCACCUAACAAGAACCGCAUCCUCCAAAAACAGGCCAAAGAUGAAUUCUCGAAAGAGGUAAAGGACAUUUGCCACCAAAUAACAUCCCUUAAAACCCUGCUGAUGGAAAACCGAGCAGCCUACAUGAAAUUUGCCUGCCACCUGAAGAAUUCCGCACAAAUGAGCGAUGAACAGCGUGACCUAAUCGACCGAGAAUGUGAGAAAAUCGUCAGCUUCUACACAAGGCAUUUGACGCAGUUAAGGUAUGAAUGGAAAAAGAAGGAUCUGAAGAAGCAGCGUCAAGAACAUGUGGAAGCUGUGCUGGAACUGCUUGGCUCAUAUCUCAAGACAGUGCAAAAAAUCCAUUUGGACCAGAAACGCUACCGCAUGCAGCACGAACUAGAAACUUACAGAUUAUUAAAACUAGAAUCGGAUAAGAAAAAAAUUCCAGUUAGUCCCGUCUCGGACGAAACCUACACUAGGACAGUCAAGCAGAAGAAGCGGAAUGAGGACUUGGAUGGCUGGGAUCACGAAGACGUGGAAAGUAGCGACGAGGAACAGGAAAACGAACCACUGCUGAACAAUGCUGGCACCGAAAGUAGAAGUGCCUCGAAAGUAGCACUCGACGAGGACAUACAGAAGGAACAGCUUCGCUACGAAGAAUCUUCCGAGCUCAGUCCUGAAGACAUUCAGGUAUAUGAAUCCGAAAACAUGCAAUUGUAUAACGAACUACAGGGACUGGCCGAAGAAGUGGAGCAGAUUGAGAAGAACGUCGUGGACAUAGCCAAACUACAGGAGAUAUUCACUGAAAAGGUGGUGUCGCAGAAACAUGACAUUGAAAGAAUUUCAAACACCGUCGUUGGUGCCACCGAAAACGUGAAAGAUGCCAACGAGCAGAUCAAGCAGGCAAUUCAACGGAACGCCGGCCUGCGAGUCUGGGCAUUGUUCUUUUUACUUGUCAUGUCAUUUACGCUUCUGUUCUUAGAUUGGUAUAACGAUUAAGAGUAUUAAUAGAAUCCUUUCUUGCUUAAAACGAAUAAGUGGAGUGAAUGUUAACGGAUACUGAGCAUUUAUCAGCCUUGCAUCCUUUUCAAAGAAAAUGCAAUUUCCUUGUACAUAAAGUGUCAAAGACUCAUUUUUAUAAUAUUUAACUAGCCUUAAAUGAAUAUCACGCGAAAUGUGAGACAAUAUCUCAUGCUGUUGUACCGCAAAUGUAAAAUUAUU